AUGCCGCCCAAGCGCCGAGGCAUGCGGCGGUUUUUCUGCUGCGGACCCAAGGAUGAGGCCGAUGCGGACCUCCCAGUCAAGCCGGCGAAGCAGGUCUCCGAGAAGGCCGACAGAUCGGGGGUGACGUCGAGCGGGAAGGCCAAGAAGGAGGAGCAGCAGCAGAAGGCUGAGGAGGAAAAGCGUGCGAUUCCGACAAGCGAGGACGAGGCCACAAAGGACCAUUUACCCGCCGAAAAGCCGGAUGCUCCCACGACCAAACCGGAAGGGAUCACAGAAGAGGAGCAGCAAGCUGAAACGCCUGUUCCCACCAGUGGAGACGUCGUGAGGGACCAUGCACGAGCCGAUGCUCCCGCCGCCCUCACUACUGCAGCCGACGGAAAGGAGGAUUUAGUCGCCGCGGGUCCUGCCGUCGACACCACCGAGAACGCCGCCGAAAAGCAGCUAGCUGCCGAGGUCCCUGCGGCCUCGGUCGAGAAGACACAAGAGUCGCCGGCUGAGCAGCCCACAACUGCGGAGCAUCCGGAGGAGCCCGCCAUUGCCGUCGACGAGACUGCUGCAGACAUCGAGUCGCCUGUCGAGGCCUUCUUCACUCCGGCCGAGGAAAAACCGGAAGAGCCUCAGCUAUCUGUCGACGUCCCGGCCAUCCCAGAGAAGUCCGAGUCGCGCGUCAAGACGCCAGUGUCGCCGACUGCCGAAGACGAAGACUCCCCUGCCGAGCCGACCGCGGAGGUUAUCCCGGCCCCAGCGGCCUCCGAGCCGGUAGACGACCAUCCGCCAACAGAGGAACCUGUCGUCGUUGCCAAAGAGGAGCCCGUUGUUGUCGCCGAAGAGGAGCCCGCUGUUGCUGCCAAGGAGGAACCCGUUGUUGCUGCCAAGGAAGAACUCAUUGUUGCUGCCAAGGAUGAACUUAUUGUUGCUACCGAAGAGGAGGCCGUCGAUAUCGCCAAAGAGGAGCCAGUCGCUGUCGCCAAAGAGGAGCCGGUCGUCGCCAAAGAGGAUGCCGCUGAGGAGACGCCCGAAGUCCAAGCAAGCGUGACUGAAGAGGUUUUGCCGGCCGAAAUCUCUCCUGCUCUCGACGAGGCUCUGUCCGCCCAAGACGACGCUGCCACUAUUCAGGCGAACGAGGACUCGACAGCGGAACCCGAGUCUGCCGCAGGCCCUGUCACCAAGACCGAGGACAACACUACCGCCGAAGAAUCCAUUGUUCAAUCGCGCGAGGUGGUUCCGGUUGACCCUCCUGUUGUGCUGACCAAGGACGACGAUACGCACUCGGAAGCUCACUCCGGCACGGUUACUGACUCUGAAGAUGACGCAUCAUCGCACACCACUGACACCCCGGAGCCUGGGAUUACCAGAGAAGACUCUGUCAUUCCCAAGGGCUCGGACCAGAAGGUUUCGAUGCCCCGGUUGUUCCCCAACAACAGACAGGGCAACAUCCUUCAGAGGGUCAUCGAGUCUUACAUCAUCAACGGAAGGUCCGACUGGAAGAUCCUCCAGAAGUAUCUCCCCAAGCCGACUGCGAACGGGGAUGAUUCCGCUGCCAGGUUGACCAAGGUCAUCAUGACGCGCAUGCUUGAGAACUGCCUGAGCGAAGCUGAAUUGACUGAAAGCCGCGUUUUUCUGCCCAUCCUGCGCGAGCAGCUGGCUCACUUCUACUGGGAUGACCACAAAGACAAACAGGCCAUCAGGCUCUGGAGGAAGGUUCUCGGCGACUCGGCCAACGGCGACAGCGACAAGUUUGUCUACAGGGCGAGGACGAAUGCCACAAGAUCACUCUGCAACAUCUACUUUACCAAGGCUCUGGAAGCUCACAUCGCCGGCGAGGACCCCUCGAAGCACGCAAAGAAGCUUGAGGAGGCGGCCGGAAGGGGCGCGGACUCCGUCACGACCAUGUGGUGGGAUGCCCACUGUUCAUCAUUAAUGCUUACGGCCUGGCACCAGAUGCACGACGAAGACUCUUACAGGGCAUUGGAGAACUUCAGAUUCAACGCCAAGUGCGCCAUCGGAAAGCUGGAGGCCAGGGACCGCUCCAAUGCUGAGAGCGGGUUCCUUCUCUUGGCCGAGACGCUCAUGACGGCCGCCGACAACUGGGGGGGCCACGUGGAGGGCGACGAGAACGCGACGAGAGCCAUGUCGCUGUUCCUCCAGCACCACUACGCUCUUGGUCUCGAGAACGACGACGGCGACAACAGCUCCGUCACCAAGGCGCAGACGUACGGCGCAUGCGAGACGUGCGACAACGAGCUCUCCUGGGGCCACUUCCAAACCUGCAGGUACUGCAAGGUCGACCUUUGCGAUUCCUGCCACAAGUCUCUGGAAGAGACGACGCUGCGGGUCCGCGUUUGCAGUCCGAUACACGACUUCUUCCGGACGAGCGGCCCCGCCCCGCACGAGAUCCCUAGGGACCACGUUCUCCUCGACGGCGAACAGGUUCACUACAAGACGUGGAUCGCCAUGUUGAAGGAUGAGUGGGCGCUUUGA